GUUAGACGCAGGUGCAGGCCUCCAUUCCAUCUAUUGGCUGGCUCUCGACUGCCGAGACUGGCCUGCCAACCUAUGUUUCAGGAGGGCACGCAUCCGCGGCUGAACCGCGUAAGGGCCGGUGAGGAGCUGGGCCUUGGGAGAUGGCCCCGGGGGCCCCCGCGCUGCUGCUGCUGCUGCUGCUGCUGCUGCUACUACUACUACUGCCGCCCCGCACCGCCGGCUGCCCAGCAGCCUGCCGCUGCUACAGCGCCACAGUGGAGUGCGGCGCUCUGCGGUUGCGUGUCGUCCCGCUGGGAAUCCCGCCAGGGACGCAGGUGGGCACCGUGUGGAGCUGCGGGAGGACAGGGUGCCCCCAGGGAGAAGACCCCCGCAGCGGGGUAAGCGCCUCCCCUUUCCCCGGCCUGCAGACACUGUUCCUGCAGGACAACAACAUCGCGCGCCUGGAGCCAGGAGCCCUGGCGCCGCUGGCCGCUCUGCGGCGGCUCUACCUGCACAACAACAGCCUGCGCGCCCUGGAGGCCGGCGCCUUCCGAGCGCAGCCGCGCCUGCUGGAGCUGGCGCUCACCAGCAACCGGCUGCGCGCCUUGCGCAGCAGCGCCUUCGCAGGCCUGGCCCAGCUGCGCGUGCUCUACCUGGCGGGCAACCAGCUGGCGCGGCUGCUGGAUUUCACCUUCUUGCACCUGCCGCGACUGCAGGAGCUUCACCUGCAAGAAAACAGCAUUGAGCUGCUGGAGGACCAGGCUCUAGCGGGGCUGUCCUCCCUAGCACUGCUGGACCUCAGCAGGAACCAGCUGGGUACCAUCAGUCGAGAGGCGCUGCAGCCCCUGGCCAGUCUGCAAGUCCUGCGCCUCACAGAGAACCCAUGGCGCUGUGACUGCGCCCUGCACUGGCUGGGUGCCUGGAUCAAGGAGGGCGGCCAGCGGCUGCUCACCUCCAGGGACAGGAAGAUCAUGUGUGCAGAGCCCCCGCGCCUGGCGCUCCAGAGUCUCCUGGAUAUAUCCCACAGCAGCCUCAUCUGUAUUCCGCCCUCUGUCCACGUGCAGCCGCUGGAGCUCACAGCCAACCUGGGUGAGGACCUUCGGGUUGCCUGCCAAGCCUCCGGCUACCCGCAGCCAUUGGUGACCUGGAGAAAGGUGCUCCAGCCUCGCGAGGGCCGGCCGCGAGCCCAGGCCCAGCUAGAAGGCGGGGCGCCGGGCCUGGGCGGACACUCGGCAUCCGACACGGGCAGCGGCAUGCUCUUCCUCACCAACAUCACGCUGGCCCAUGCCGGCAAGUACGAGUGCGAGGCCUCCAACGCUGGUGGCGCUGCCCGCGUGCCCUUCCGGCUCCUGGUCAACGCGUCCCGGCAGCAGCCGCAGCAGCCCGCGCAACCGCCGCCUCCGGCCGCCCGCCCCGCUGGUCGCGAGCCCCGGCCCGAGGCGGGAAGCAUGGCCUUCCGCGCCCUGGGCCUGGCCACGCAGACGGCCAUUGCGGCGGCCAUCGCGCUGCUGGCGCUCACGGCGCUGCUCCUGGUCGCCAUGAUCUGUCGCCGGCGCCGCAGGCGAAAAAAGGCGCGGGGGCCGCCGGGGGAGGGAGCGCUGUUCGUCAACGACUACUCGGACGGCCCCUGCACGUUCGCACAGCUAGAGGAGCUCCGCGAUGAGUGCGGACACGAGAUGUUCGUCAUCAACCGCUCCAAGCCGCUCUUCGCCGAGGGUAUGGCGGAGGCGCCCGCGGACUGCGGACCAACAGAGGGGACGGGGCCGGGACUCCGCGUGCCCCCGCCGGUCGCCUACGAGAUCCACUGCUAGGGCCGCGGGCGCGGGCAGAUGACGUGGGCGCCGGGGAUUGGCCGGCGCGGCCUCGCACAGGCUCCGUCAGUAAAGGUGGAAGCCGCGCAGUGUGCGGUGAGUCGUGUGUGGGACGCGCACCGGGAGCGUUACACUCGGGAAUCCUGGGGUAGCAAUGGAAGGUGGCCAGGGAGGCCCCAACACCUCCCUUGAAGUUCUUCCGAAAAGACAUCACCCCAACCUCCAGCUCUGCAGGGGGGGUCCCUCGCUGGCCCUGGCCGGCCACAGUAGGAUCUUGGGACUCCGAAAGGUGGGAAGAGCAAAGACUGGCCGGCAGUGCAGAAGGGGCCGCCCUGCGGGCAGGCUGGAUGGCAGUUGUUGCCCAGUGGCCAUGUUGGGGGUGGUGACAGCAGAGAUAAGGAUAAGGCCGACCAAUGUGGACAGGAAAAAAAACAGCCAUAAAUUCAAUUUCCAGGCA